CCAGGCAAGCGGUUAAUCUCUUUACAUUUUUACCGCCAUUUGUGAAAAUUGUUGAUUGUUUGCUCCUGUUGAAGCCAGCUCUGAUAUUUGAAAUAUUUUUGUGAGUCAUAUUCAUCUUGCGUGUUGAUUCACAUGUCUCUUUCUUAUUUAUCUCCUGCCAGAUUAUCAACAUUAAGAAUUUCAAGAUGUCACAGAAACAAGUGCCCAAGCCGCGAGCCCUUUUCGCCUUAGAAGACGACGGACUUAUACAGCGACUCGAUUUCAGUGACAGCGAAGACGACGAGAAUACCAAGUUAGAUACGUCCAAUGGAUUCAUCGAAUUUGAAGAAUUUUCAUCCCCGAUCAACACACGUCGUGACAUUCGAAAUCGCAACAUCAAACGAUCUGAUAAUUCUUCGCCAAGUGAGUUUAAUAUCUCGUGUGAUUCCGUAAUGGAUUCUGAAAAUACGGUCGAGCCGAAGUUAAGGAAAAGACUUGUUUUUGACGAAACUGCGACGUCAAAAAUUGAUCUUACUCCUCCAUAUAGAAGAGUUAGAGCUCUACGAUUGUUUGGAUCUCCGCAAUCGCCCAAAACAUUGUUAAAGCAAUCAGAACUUUCAUCUGUUGAUAAUAAAAAAAUAGCAUUAUCACGAAUUAGAGUUUUAGGUCAAGAAAUUUUUGACAAAAAUCAUAAUGUGCAAUCUCGGGUACGGCCUCUGUCCUGGUGUAAAUAUUCCACUUCCGCUUUAAGGACUAAUAUUAAUCCGUUUUGUAAAUCAGAGGAGUAUUCUGGUUCUACUGGUAAAAGGCGAAGAGAUAGCGGUAUAUGUGGGACUCCAUUUAAUGAUUCUUUCGACUCUAAUAGUGAGAAUGAAUUUGACAGAGAUUUCCAUCCAAAUAAGCGUUUGAAAGAAAGGACCCUCUCGCGUUACGAGAGUGAAUUUUUAGAGCUUGGUCAGAUAGGGAGUGGAGAAUUUGGAAGUGUUUGGAAAUGCAUCAACAGACUCGAUGGCUGUGUUUACGCUAUUAAGAAGUCUAGGAAACCUUUGAAGGGAACAUCAGAUGAACGGACUGCUCUCAACGAGGUGUAUGCUCACGCUGUUCUUGGACAUCAUAAGCAUGUUGUGAGAUAUUACUCUGCUUGGGCAGAAAAUGACCAUAUGUUAAUACAGAAUGAAUACUGUAAUGGUGGUAGUUUAGCUCAAUUAAUUGAAGAGAAAGCAUUACAGAACACUUACAUACCAGAAUCAGAAGUGAAGCAUAUACUCAUACACAUUGUACUAGGUCUGCGCUACAUACACUCUUUAAAUUUAGCACACAUGGACAUUAAGCCAGGUAAUAUAUUUAUUACAAGAAAAAAAAGGCCUUUUCCUGUGUCUCCUCAGUCUUCAGAUGAUGGAUUUGAAGAGGAUGAAUUAGAUGAAGAUGAUUUAAUCUAUAAAAUAGGUGACUUAGGUCAUGUGACAUCACUGACCAAUCCAGAAGUGGAAGAAGGAGAUUGUAGAUAUUUACCAGCAGAAUUGCUAAGAGAUGAUUACAGUCACCUGCCUAAAGCUGAUAUUUUUGCUUUAGGUUUAACAAUGUUUGAAGUGUGUGGAGGUGGACCUUUACCAAAGAAUGGGGAUGAAUGGCAUACCAUUAGGAAAGGAAAUAUACCCUAUUUGUCCUAUUAUUCUAAAGAACUGAAUGACCUCAUUCGACAAAUGGUACACCCUGAUCCCAAGAUGAGACCAACUAGUGCAGCCCUAGUGCACAACCACACUCUAGUUCCCUAUGUGUGCAAAACAAAGGAACAGCUCAACAGAGAACUCAAUGAAGAAAAAUUCAAGAAUCAAUUACUGUCAAGGCAGCUAGUAGAAAUGGCUAAAGUGUCCUCUGAAAACUCUGCAAGCAUGGAAAAUCGCGAGAACAAGUUGCUCAUCGGAGCGGCCCUAAAAGACAACAACACCAACGUUGACCAGCGAAAGAGUAAGAUGAUCAUAGGGAUCGCUUCCAAAGAGAACUAUUACUCCUCUAUUCCAGUGGGGAUGGACAAAAUGGGUGUCGCUAAGUCAAAAUGUUGCACAAGACUAAUAGGGAAGGGCAUCAAUCGUAGCAACAGCAUUACAUUUUAAGCCUGUGAUUAUCACUCAUUGCAUGUGUAUAUGUCUCAUUCUCUGAGUUCACUGAGUAGGGAUAUCAAUUCAAUUGACUAUAGAAAGUUAUAUUUUGUUGUUCAGCAAUUUUAUUUAAUUUUAAUCUAGAAAUUUUGUUUCUUUGUGAUCGUUCGCUUUGUAAUUUUGUCAGAACCUUGUCCAACUUAAAUAAGUUUUAUUUAUAUUCAUAUUCACCUUCAGAAUAAAUAAUUUUUAAGUAUGUAGCAUGCUAUGAGAAUGCAAUACACAUGAGAGUUAAACAGAGUAUUUACUGAUUUGUAUUAACUUCAAAUAGUUAGUCCUCAGAAAAAAAAAUCCCUACAAAGUUUAUUCUAGUAAUGGAUUUAUUUCAAUUUAAUAGGAAUUCAUAAUCAAUCGGGCAGAGUUAGAGUAAUGAAUAAUAAAUUGCAAUUACAUUUUCAAAAGAAUAAAUAAAUAAUAAAGAUGAUAAAUUAGGUACUUUUUAAAGCUUUAGGUAUUACAUUACUGCUGUUAACUAUGAUUCAUUAAAGAAGUAGUUUAAUUUAGAUUGAUAAAAUUGUUGCUAAGAGUUAAAUUAUAAGUUUUAUAUUCAUCUGGAUUAUUUCUUUUUUAAUUCUCCCAUAAACUAAUAAAAGUGGUUGAAUUAAUUGGUUUGAGUUCUUUCAAAUGUAACUCAGGGUUUUUUUAUUUCUUUUUAAUCAUUCCAACCUUGCAAUACAAAUGUUAAGUCUUAUUAUUAUUAAUUUUGAUUGAAAUAAUUAAAAGAUUUUAAUUAUUUCCAGAAAAAUUAGUGAAUAUUAAUUUUUUUAGCACUUUUUAAUACAUGAAAAGUUUGAUUUUUGGAGUUCCCGUAGCUUCCUAGUACUAAGAUCUAAAACAGAAAAGCCUGCUGCAUAAUUGCCAACUUCCAGUUCCAGUUUCUACUGGUUUGAUAAAAAUUCUCCUGGUUUUUUUACAUUUUAGAAAAUUCCCUAAAACCAAUAGGGUUUUUACAUGGAUUAUUGCUUGCUUGAAUAUUUAAAUAAGUAUUACUUACUAAUAUUUAUAAUGAAGCAAGCCUCAUUUAUAGAAAUCAGUAAAGAACUUUUUUUUGUUCUAAAAUGCCCAGUUUAUUUUUAUUCAGAACUCCCUUUUUAAAUGAAUUAAAAAAAUCUUAAUUAUUAUUUAUGAAUUAAUUGCCUAUUACUAUUUAAAAUUAUGAGUAAACAAAAUACACAAUAUUUCAAUCCAAUCAUGACUGGAAAAUAUUUCAGUUUUUCUUUUAUGAUAAUAUGAAUCCUUGAAAUUCCAUGCGUGUAAAAUAUUUAGUACAUUAAACAAAAAUUUUCUUAAAAUCUUCUGGAAUUUUUUUCCAAUCUAUGUUAGCAGUUAUGCUGCUGCAAAAAUUGUAGAAACAGACGAAAGUAACAUCAGAGUGUUGAAGGUUGCAUGGUUCACAAAGAAACAGGAGAUAUAAAUAAUUCAGAUGAAAAGUAAAGUUUACAAUUUUUCAAAAAUUAGUUUUGUUGCAUAGAUUUGCAUGCAACAGGGAUGCCAACUGCUACUGGUUUUCUGUUCUUUUUAAGGAUUUCAGUGCUGAUGCUGACUACUAAAAAGAACUAAUUAGUGAAUUUUUUGAAAUCCUUAUUUACUUGAUUUUUAUACUAUUAUGUUUAAGAUAAUUUUUUGUAAAAGAUGUCAUUGAAAAUUCUAUUUUUGGCUGUUACACUAUUGCCGAAAAGCAUUCUGUUUUGGUAUCUGUUGCUGUGGCUUAUAAUUAAUGUAAUGCUCUAAUUAGGUAAUACUUUGAAGUUUUUAGUGUUUAUACUAUAAUUAUUUGAACUGUGAUGCAUUGUUUAUAGUAAGAUAAAACAACUGAAAUAUUGUGCUAUUCAAGAUUUUAGUGUUUUAUUGUACUCAUAAAGCUGAAAAUCUAGUCUUAAUUUUUUGAUUGGAUAACUUCUUUAGCAUUUAGUAUAACUUUAAAAGUUCUUAGUAAUUUUUUUAAGUUUGUUUUUAAAGCUGUAUUGAAUAAAAUUUCUGUAUUAGACAAAUUCUGUUAAAUUUUUUAUAAAUACUUAAGGCAAAAUAUAUAACUAUUUUUUAAUUUAUAUCUGUCAGCAAAACUAAGCUUUGCUAAAGUGGGUGAAGUUAAACUUCAGGGUAAAUUAACUUCAGUUAUAAACUACUUUUCUAAUUAAAAUUACUGUCAGAUAGUAAAGAAAAUGUCAUAUCUCAUUGAGUUUUUUAAAUUGUUGCAGACAUCUGCCAUUUUUCACUCAUUGGUCUUGAUAGCUCAAAACUUUUUACAUUGCAGUGAGUUUUAUAAAACACAUUUCAUUGUUAUUUCUACUUGAAAUCUUCAUUUUGUACAAGAUCCAUUUCAGAAAUUCUUAUUACAGUCGACUCUCUAAGUACUUUGAAGGGAUGCGGACAAAUCAUGAGGAGCGUCUUUAAACAAAAUGUGUGAAAAACUUUUCCUUCACACUUUUGCAGAUGCAGGAUUGUCAAUUUAUUUCCUAACAAAUUAGCUAUUUCAAGUACCUUUUUUGCUUAUUUUUUUAUUGCACGAAAAACUUGUACAAGAAUGUAAUUUUAAUUGUAAUGUAAGAAUGAAAUUUAAUUGAAAUGUAAGAAUUGUUGAUUAGUUCAAUUCCAGACUUGUUUUAAUAGUUUAUAGUUUUGGACAUUUUAAAGGAGCCAUCUUUCAUGUUGAAUAAGAAAAUAUUUGUUCUUAAUCAUGAAUAAUAGUAGUUGUAUCUGCUUAAGAAUGUAGUGAUAAUUAAUUUAGUACUUUAUUCACAAAAUCACAUUAUUGGUCAUUUUCAUUAAUGUUGUCGUUAUAAACAUCUUCUCCAUCUCUCUCAAACAGACUCAACUGUAUUAUUUUUCUUUUCCAAUUUCCUCACUUUGUGUCUAUUUCACAUGCACUUACCAUUUUUUUUUGUGGGGGGAGAGCAAGUGUUUAAAUUAUCACUGUGCUAUAACACUGUUGAUAACUGUUAGCAAUAUUGAAACGUGCCUUGACUACGGUAUAUGCUAUCUACGCAAACGGAAAGCAACCUUUACUCUGUUUAAAAGUUUUCAAAAACUAUUUGUUUUUAAAGUGUUAAUUGCUACUAUAGGAUGCGUCAAAAAUUUUCCAAAACUGACAUUCUAUAAAUGAUUGUUUUUUUGUAUUGAUAUGUCAUUGUUUUAUUGGGUGAAUAGUGUCACAUAGCCAUGUCGCAUUUUCACAUAAUUGUGCCAUCAAUUUUGGUUCCUUUAACUGGCUUACACCAGAUAUCAUUGUAUAUAGAUCAUUAGAUAACUUUGUAAAUGUAUAAAAAAUAGCUGCAUGCUAUUUUAUUAAGAAAAAUUUUAAUGUUUUGUAUAUACGUGAAUAUAUUUUAUUAAACGAUAUUAUUGUAUGGUGUUCAAUAUUAAAAUUUAUCAUCCAAUAUGUGAAAGAGAAACAAAACUUGAAAAUGUGCUGAGCAUAUUAAAAGUAAUCCAUUUUUUUGAUGUAAUUUUGAUAUUUCUAUAUUGUAUAACUUAAAAUUUUUAACUAUUCCUUUUUCAUUCAGGUAUGCUUAAAGAUACUGUUUUAUUAGUAAUUUCUUUUAUAGUUUAACUGAAGUUCAAAAUUAUUUUGAUAUUUAAUUUUUAUUGGACUUAUUUAUGUUUGCAUAAAUAUCAGUGCCUCAGAAAUGUACAUCUUUUUUAAAAAAAGUUUGCACACUUUGUUAUAUUUGUAAAUGUUAACUUUCCAGCUGUUAUAAAUAAACUCACAUGAAAUUUA